AUGUCUUCAGACAGUCCCAAACGUCAAGUAGACGCUAUUUCUCUGGUUGAGGCCCAAAGCGACGAGUCACCUCAGCCCUCACAUACGAGGGUGGCAUCUCUUCGAGGGCGAAAGCUCACGGCGGCACUUGCUUUUGUCACUGGAACUGGUUUCACAUUGUUUGGCUAUGACCAGGGGGUCAUGUCUGCACUAUUGACUGCAAAGCAGUUCGAACGAGUUUUCCCUCAAGUUGUGGUCGACACCGAUCAUCCAAACCACGCCACCCUUCAGAGCUUUCUAGUUGCUGUUUAUGAAAUCGGCUGCCUACUCGGUGCUUUAUCUAAUUUAUGGGUGGGAGAUCGUCUAGGUCGCCGACAAACGAUCGCGUUUGGGGGUAUCAUUAUGAUCAUUGGCGCUAUUUUACAAGCAGCCGCAUUCUCUUACGCCCAGAUCAUCGUCGCUCGAAUUGUAACCGGUUUAGGGAAUGGUUUGAACACAUCGACGGUUCCCUCAUACCACGCAGAAACUUCGCCCGCAGCUAGAAGGGGGAGUUUAAUUAUGAUUGAAGGCAGUCUUAUUACAUUCGGUAUCAUGCUGUCAUUUUGCAUUGUGCGCCAUGGUGUUACCACGUCUGCGUUGAGCGUGACUAAUGCACGGGAUAGCUUCUGGGCGUCUGCUUCAUCGGUUCAAUGGCGAGCUCCAAUCGCUCUGCAGAUUGUUUUAGCACUUGUCCUUGUAGUGUGCAUUUGGUUUCUUCCUGAAUCCCCACGAUGGCUCAUAAAGGCCAAUAGGCCGCAAGAGGCCCUGGAGGUUAUCUCUGCGCUUGAUGAUAAACCAACUUCCGAUGCGGAGGUUCAGCGUACCUACCACGCAAUCAUGGAAUCAGUUGCCAUUGAGGAACGAAAGAACAGCGACAAGCCUGGUUCUUCGUCGCUCGCGGAUUUGUUUACUGGAGGUCGAAGCCAAAAUUUCAGAAGGGCCUCGCUCGGGGUUGUCAUCCAGUGCUUUCAACAGAUCACGGGCAUCAACAUUAUCACCUAUUACGCAACGAUCCUUUUCGAGCGCCUCGGUAUUUCCGACGUCAAGUCCCGCAUCCUCGCCGCAUGCAACGGAACUGAAUACUUCCUCGCCUCUUUCAUAGCGAUCGUUCUCAUCGACCGAGUCGGCCGUCGCAAGCUCAUGAUAUUUGGUGCAAUAACACAAACCUUGACAAUGGUUUUGCUGGCUGUCCUGGGAGCCGUCGACACGCCCGCGGCGAACAUAGUAAGCUGUGUGCUACUCUUCGCCUUCAAUACCUUCUUUGCGGUUGGGUGGCUCGGGAUGACUUGGCUAUAUCCCGCUGAGAUUGUGGGCAUUCGCAUUCGUGCUGCCGCCAACGCCCUGAGUACGGCAAGCAACUGGACAUUCAACUUCCUUGUAGUGAUGGUCACAGGACCAGCGUUCGCGAACAUCUCAUGGCGAACUUACAUAGUAUUCGCGUGCCUGAACGCGAUUCUUGCCCCGCUGGUGUAUUUCUUCUUUCCAGAAACAGCAGGGAGGUCGCUAGAAGAUAUGGACGUCAUCUUUGCCUAUGCGUACAACCACGGCCUUUCUCCUGUCGCCGUGUCGCUGCGGAAGGAUAUCCCACAAGCAGGUACCCCGGAGGCUGACAGAAUCUUGUUCCCAGACGAUGACCAAGACGACGAAACUCACAUGCGUGCCCAAGGCCAUGUAAAGGAACAAUGA